AGAAAAAUGAAAGUCCAGGAGGCUGUGUAGGUCACGGCAAACUAUUCUUCAGAAUCUUCGUCCAAAAUCGAUCAAGAUCGAAGCGAAGACUGGAGGAUCGAAUCUUGAUCAUAUUUGCGAAGAGGCUGUUCGUGUGGAGCUCUAGCUGGAGACGAGUGCUGCGUUUUUUUGUGCUAUGUAAGCCGGACGAGGCUGACGGUAGGAGGGAAACGAAAUCAACGAAAAACCCUAAGAAAGAAACCUCAAUUGCGAUAUCCGGAGUGAAUGUAAGGUGUGAUAGGCCUCCAUUGAAGACUCCAGGAGCUAGAGGAGCAGGUGAAGACUUGAAGCUGCUUUGGGCCAAUUUGGGCAGCUGACUCUUCUUUGAUUUGGGGUUGUAUUAUUCUAAGAUCAACAACUCAAGUAAAAAGUGAUCCAACUGCAAGGAUGUUACAUACACAAGUACUUCAGUUGUGUGUUACUCUUUUUAUCCUAGGGGGUUGGCCAUUAAAUGUUGCACUCGUGGUUGAAAGUAAAACUUUGAAUGUUGGAGAAGAGCUUUGGAAGGAAAUCCUGCCAUUACAAAUGAGUUCUCGCCUCUACAACUUGAAAGGGCUUAAGUCAAAUACAUGGUAUGAAGUCAAGAUAUCAUAUCCAGCUUCUAUCCCUUCUAGAUUUUCCCUUCAACUGAAGAAAGGUAAUUCAGAGUUGGGACUGAACCACAAGAGGAAGCUACUCAAUACAGAAAAGUUAAUCUUCAAGACUGAUAAUAUAGACUUGCUCAAUAACCAGGAGGAAAUAUAUGUGUUGGUGAUAGUGGAGCCUGAAGGGGUUGUAGCAAUGACACACGUAUCUGAGAGGAAAGAAGUCAUUUUUAACAUUGUUUGUGAUGAGCUACUUUUAGGCAUUCCUCAACAUGCCUGGUUGGUUGCAUUCUUUGUCUUGAUUUGCCUGGGACUUGCAAUGAUGCUGCCUAUCUUUCUUCCUUCGUAUUUAUUGAGAGAAAAUGGAAGAUUGUCACAAAACCAAAAUGCUUCCAAGAACUCGUGACGAAGUUGUAUUGGUAUUUAGUCUGGUAAGGUAAUUUCAGACGACACCCUUGAAGUGAAGUCAGUUUCGUCAACCAUUUAAGAUAUUUCUCAAUGAGUGUUCUCCCUAAAUUACCUCCUUUCAUUUAGAAUUGAGUUAACUUAUUUUCUUAUGUUGAGUUUUUGGAAACUGUCAAAGUUAAUAUUUUUAUUUAUUUUGUAUUUGGUAUGAAAGUUGAUUAAAUUAGAUGAAAUUUCGUAUAUUGUCUACUUUUAUCCACUUUUUUAUAUUUGUAUUUUUAAAUAUAAAUAAAAGUUUAAAAUUUAUACUGUUCA